AUGUCGGCCGUCGACAGAAAACGACAGAACAACAGAACGACAGAACAACAGAACGACAGAGUGAAAGAACGACAGAACGACAGAGCGAAAGAACGACAGAACGACAGAACGACAGAGCGAAAGAACAACAGAACGACAGAACAACAGAACGACAGAGUGAAAGAACGACAGAACGACAGAACGACAGAGCGAAAGAACGACAGAACGACAGAACAACAGAACGACAGAGUGAAAGAACGACAGAACGACAGAACGACAGAACGACAGAGCGAAAGAACGACAGAACGACAGAACGACAGAGCGAAAGAACGACAGAACGACAGAUGA